GUUCGUGGAGACGGAGUAAGGAAACUAGAAAAAGGGAAACAAUAAUAAUCUCCCCCCCCUCCCCCUCCCCCUCCCUGACUUACUUAUCAUGGUGGACGUAUCAGACGAUUCCACGCCUUUUGACCAACUGCUCCUUCAAUGGAUCUCAGAGGUUGAGACCCUUCCGCAUCACUCCGUGAGGCGCAUCCUACAAGAGGAAUUAAGCGUGUUGGAUACCGAAGAGGAGGAGAAGCCUGACGAGCUAAAGACUCGCAAGGGCGCUCUACAACACGCACUUGACGCAUUAUCGUUGAAACCCGAUCCACAGAAUCUACGCCACGCGGCUAUAUCGCUAACCACCACGAUAGACCUUAGCACCUUGUAUUCCUUGUUGGAUACCAAGUGCACCCUGAUUCUGAUGUUCGAGACGCAACGGGAUGUUUUUCACGGCAUCGAGGACGUCAUUGAGGAGCUUUGCGAGCAACAAGAAUCCAUUUUAGGCCUCCGUGCAGAUUCAUCUACCCGGAGCGAUGCCGCGACCAUUGUGGAAGGGAUUUCCCCCGUGCAGGCGUGGGUGCGUCAACCCCAGCCGGGGAUGGGAGUUCGUGGCUCCCGCUGGCAGGUCGGAACGCUUGUAACAUACUUUCAAGAUCGCGAGCGUACCUCACCGCUGUUUUCACUUCAAACGCUGGUCUCUUUUACGCCAGAUGGACGCCAUGUGGAUGAUAUCGACCGUGUUUUACUACUACAGGAUACAUGUGUGGAUAUUAUCCAGCCGACCGUUCACUUCGGUUCGUUCUUAGCAAAGAAAAAAACGCCCUAGAGAAGAGGAAUUGCGCUGGACGCUACUUACACCGCCUGUGUAAGGUUGACUGUUUUUCUCUGUUUGUGUACUACAUUUCUAAUUGAAUUUUAA